CGCAAUUAUAAUCAGCCGCUUUUAAAAACGUCGUAUGUAAAAGCAGUAUGAAGAAGUACACUGAGUGUGGCCACAGUCAGGGUACACGGCUCUCUGCAGCUGUGUUUUUGUUAAAAAACCACAGGCUACACACACAGUAUUGUCUCGCAUAGUUACAGUCCUCUCUCCACUCUUCGUUGAAGGGCAGUUCAGCCCCCUCAGACCUCCCAUUGGCUCCAUCUGCAGUAACUUCUCCUUUAUGUCUUCUCGGGCUGGCGACGACAGAGUUUGUUCCAGCUCAAGAAACGUGGCCGCAAGUUUUUAAAACUACCUUGUCGAGACUUCCCUCGCAUAACAGAUUAUACUUGCUGUCUGAGUGUUAGCAAAGCCAAAGAAAGGAAGAGGUUAAAAGAAGCCUUGUCAGGGAAGGUGACGAGCAGAGAAGCCAACACCAGGAUUUCUAGAAACUCUACUCUUGUCUUGGACCGUGCUGUCAGCAUGAUAAAUAAAGCAGUUACUACGGAGAAACCUCCGCUGGACAGCAACGAGGACAGAGCCUGGCUGGGCGAGGGCCAGUCCGAAAGUCAGCUUACAACUGUGCACGGCCCAGAUGGAGCUGAGACAUGCAACGCAGACCGACCAGCAUGGGACUCUAAGAUCCAGUAUGUGUUGGCCCAGGUGGGGUUCAGUGUGGGCCUCGGGAAUGUGUGGAGGUUCCCAUACCUUUGUCACCAAAAUGGAGGCGGGGCCUUCAUGCUGCUGUAUGUUUUUCUUUUACUAAUUGUGGGAGUUCCUCUGUUUUUUAUGGAGUUGGCAGCCGGUCAAAGCAUUCGCCAGGGCAGCAUCGGUGUAUGGAAGCACAUCUCCCCAAAGCUGGCAGGGAUAGGUUACUCCAGCUGCAUGGUCUGUUUUUAUGUGGCUCUUUAUUACAAUGUUAUUAUUGCAUGGAGCCUUUUCUACUUGGGCAAUUCUUUUCAGUAUCCUCUGCCGUGGGAGCAUUGUCCAAUUGAUGUAACCACCAAUGACACAGUGAAAGAAUGUGCAGGUUCUUCCCCAACUUCUUAUUUUUGGUUUCGGAAAGCCCUUAACGUCACAAAUUGCAUUGACGAAUCCGGAGAGUUUAACCCCAUCAUGACGGGCUGUUUAUUGGCCGCUUGGGCAAUUGUCUCAUUGGCUAUGAUCAAGGGCAUCAAGUCUUCUGCAAAGGUGAUGUACUUUUCCUCAGUUUUUCCCUAUGUGGUGCUUUUUAUUUUCCUCAUCAGAGGGUUGAUGUUGGACGGUGCGAUGGAAGGAAUCACCUUUAUGUUUUAUCCUAAAAUAGAGAUCUGGGCUAGCGUGCAGGUGUGGCGCCAGGCUGCUACACAAGUGUUUUUUGCCCUCGGACUGGGCUAUGGCUCCGUUAUCGCAUAUUCUUCCUACAAUCCAGUCAACAACAACUGCCACAGGGACGCCAUCAUGGUCUCCGGCAUCAACUUCAUGACGUCUGUGCUGGCCUCGCUGGUGGUUUUCGUCGUACUGGGUUUCCGUGCCAAGAACAUUGCACUGCGCUGCGUGGCUGAAAACAUUGGUCUUCUAAGCCACAUGUCACCCUUUGGAUCUAACGAGCACGUGGUUGGUCUUCCUUGGAUCAACAUGACGGAUCCGAGCUCUGUGUCUAUAGCUGAAUACAGUGAGUGGUACAGUCACCACAGCUCCAUGGUGGGUCCUAACAUCACUGACUGCAGUCUGGAAGAGGAGAUGAAUAAGGGUAUCGAAGGGACAGGCCUGGCAUUCAUAGCAUUCACUGAGGUGAUGGCCCUUUUCCCAGCCAGCCCCUUCUGGUCCACACUGUUUUUCCUAAUGCUGCUCAACCUCGGCCUCAGCACCAUGUUUGGGACCAUGCAGGGAAUCCUCACACCCCUCAUGGACAAUUUUAGCUUCUUGGGCCGCCACCGAACCCUCCUCACUGUGUCCAGCUGUGCUUUGGGCUUCAUAAUAGGACUGUUGUUCACCCAGCGCUCAGGCAACUAUUUUGUGACUAUGUUUGACGACUACUCUGCAACUCUACCGUUAGUCAUUGUGGUCAUAUUUGAAACCAUUAGCGUGUCGUGGGUUUAUGGAACAGAUCGCUUCCUGGAUGACAUUGAAGUCAUGCUCAAAUGGCGCCCUCCAGUGAUUUACAAAUAUCUUUGGAAAUAUGUUUGUUUGCUGGCGAUGAUCGUUCUUUUGGUUGCAAGUUUGUUGCGCAUGGCCUUAAAAAGGCCCACAUACACCGCCUGGAAUCAAGCCACAGCCUCUGAGAUGACCCUUGAGUACCCUGGCUGGGCUCUUGCUAUGAUUAUCAUGCUGAUCGGCCUUGCCAGUUUGCCUGUGCCUAUUGGCUACAUCCAUUCCACGUUGAAAAACCGCGCGGCCCGUAGCACUCACUCUGAGGAGGGAGGCGGCCAGGAGAUGCAACGCAAGUUGUACACCAAGUGCAGCUCCACUGAGCAGCUGGAGCCCAACUCCCACCACACAGUCCCUUCUGGGGAAGACGACGUUCAUCCCAGGACUGCCUUCCUGCCGAUGGGCAACGAACACUAUCGGCUUCUGCCCCAGCGAGAGGAGGAGGAGGAGGAAGAUGAUGAUGAACAAGAUACAGUGGUGUGAGCACGGAUGUGGAGGCGAAACAUGUUUAGAUCUUGAACCUCGGAGAGUGUACGAGCAAGACCCUGCAAGAGAGAUUGUAAAAGGAAGUGCAGAAUUAUUCUUCAUUUGAGAAAGAGUUGUUGGGUUGCACCCAUUUAUCAUAUUCAGCAAGUUCUACAUUGUUGACAAGCCAAAGUGAUGUUAACUAUUUAUAUUGUAUUAAGAUACAUUACCAAUCAAAAGAGAUUUCUUUGACGAGAGAUUGUUCCUCCUUCUAUUCAUUUUCUGAACCAUUCUCACUGUUCAGAAAAUAAAAACACUUUCAGAUACAUGAAAUAAGCUGCUAUAUUUGGUGAAACAAAGAGUUUUAGAAGGUUUUAGAGUAGGAAAUUGAUAAGCCACCAGCAUGUCAAAUUAGGUUGGUCUAUUGUUUCUGCAAGCCUUAUUUCAUGUGGGCGUCAUAGCUGCAUUUAUUUUUUUUAAACUAAAUGCCAAGUAUGAAUUUGCUUGAAAACCUUUUACCUUGAGUAACGUGUGUGUGUGUGUGUGUGUGUGUGUGUGUGUGUCUGAACAUUUGUUAAUUUCUGUUGUGAAUCAGAUGUAAAUAUGUCCGUAAAAUAACUUUUAUUUUAGAUUCUAUUUGUAUCGUUUUACCUCAUAAGACCUCAGUAAUGUUUUACUCAGUGUAGCAGUAUUGUACUGUACUAGAUGAAGACUUAAAUAAACCUCUAGAUGGCAGCAACCUGAUUAGAUGAUGCCUUUUUUAUGAUUCACACAUCCACUCAAAACUGAAGUUGUUAACACCUUCAAAAGAUCAGAGAUACCAUUAAUGAGGACGUUGAAUAUAGACAUGAUUUUUUUUAAUGUUUAUUUGGGUUAAGAAAGGACCCAGUAGACUGAAGAUGUUGGUAAAGUUAGAGUAACUACUUGAAUUUUUAACAUGACGUUUUUUGUUGAGCAAUGCUGAUCAACUUUGUAUUGAAAUGACAUCCAUGUGCUUUUACAGACGUGCAGCUCAAACACCAAUGUACUUGUACUUUAUUUCAUAAAUGUCACACAUCAUCUGGGCUUUAAAUCUAGUAAGGCUUCUGUAUGAUAAAUUAUUUUAUUAAAAUGUUUUAUUAAAAUCUACUUAUUGUCUGUUA